AUGUCGCUUCAACUUUCUUCAGAAGCUCCGUAUUCUGUCAAGAGACGGAUGCAAGACGACGACAACACAUUUCUACCCCCGCCAUUAAGCGCAUACGGAAUCGCUCUGCUCAGUGACAACCGUUCGGAGGAUGACAACAACAAAAGCGGGUUGAAGACUGUUGAAAUAGGAGAAAACCAAGCCCUACGAGCAAGUCUACGAAACUCUCUUUCGGUGCACUUCAAAGACUCAUCACUGCGCGAUUCGUAUAGCAAUUAUAACGAUACCCACAACAAGAGCUACGGUUCCCAAUCAUUCUCUGCUAAUGAAAGAUUUAACACCAGCGCUGCCAACAACUCGAGCCAUAACGUCAGCUGCAACAACUACAGUGGGAAUUUAAGCGGGCACUCAUUCAGCUCCACCAACAUGCAUACGGAAGAAAAUGAUGAUCUAAUGGAAGGCUCCAAUGAUCCCAGUGCCAAGUCGCUGCACACGAGUGCCACCACUCCUGGCGGCUCACAAGCUACUGCAGCCUUGAGUCGCCUGUCCUUCACAGGCUUCACCAAAAGAUCUCGUUUUGCCAGACGCUUUGCUAGCCUUGGCCCACCAAAACGUGCAUCAGAGGUCUCCCCUUCUCAAAAACUGGGAUCCUCGCCCGAGGCAGAGCGUAACGGUGAUCCAAUGAUACUUCUGAAGCCAGAAGCUUCGCAAGAAUUGAUGAAUGCUUUCAAGACGCCACCGCUGCUACAUGCCCUUCAUAACAAGAGCGGGAGGGCGUCGCCUAAAAGAGUCAUUUCCAAUGAGUCCACAUUUUUUAAAUCAUUAGAGAAGCUUCGAAAUAACUCUGGAGAUAUCAGUCGCAUUAGCCCACCCCUCAUUUCGAGUAAGAAUCUGCCGCCUCCAUUUGUGAAACCUGUGAUCAAUGAUGCACCCUCAAAGGCAGCGUCUCCUUUCCAAGUUUUUGUCGACAAGCAACCUUCCGAAAGACCAUCUAGUCGUGGUCCAUCUCAUAGACCCUGGCGGCAGCCCUUGGCCAAAGUGUCUCCCAGCAAGAUCAACAGUGAAGCUGAGGCUGAUGUGUUCAGAAAACCAAAAAUACCAAAAGUUUCAAGCAUACCAAAUCCAACACCUCCGCCCCCGAGAUCAUCAUUUGUUACACCACAACAACCUCUCCCGGCAAAGUUUCCACAUUACCAAGUUGGUAAUCAAAACAUUGACCGUGCUCCGGAUUCACUGGCUUCAGGCUCUAGUGGAAUGGUCGAAGAUGGCAAGAGAAAGAAAAUUAUCCAUGUCAACAACUCACAGUAUGAGAAACUUGAACUUAUAGGCAGAGGCGGGACCUCAAAAGUCUAUAAGGUCAGAUCACUCACUAGCAAAAAGACAUAUGCUAUCAAAAAGGUUGCAUUUGACCAAUUCGAUGAGUCAUGUGUGAAGGGCUUCAAAGGUGAAAUUGAUCUACUUUCGAAGCUCAGAGAUCAACCAAGGGUUGUCCAGCUACAUGACUAUGCAAUCAACGAUGGAACCAUUUACUUGACUAUGGAAUGCGGUGAGUUGGACCUUGCUCAUGUCUUGCAACAGAGACAAGCUAUGGCGACUGCCUUGGACUUGAGCUUUGUGCGUUUUCAUGCAAUAGAGGUUCUUAAGUGUGUCGAGGCUGUUCAUGAAGCCGGAAUUGUUCAUAGUGAUUUGAAGCCAGCAAACUUUCUCUUCGUCCGAGGCAUCAUGAAGAUAAUUGACUUUGGCAUUGCAAAUGCUGUUCCAGAUCACACAGCGAAUAUUUACAGAGAAUCUCAAAUUGGUACGCCAAAUUACAUGGCUCCCGAAGCUCUAGUUGAGGUAAACCAUACACUAAACAUGUCAAGAGGCUCAGCUGCAAACACAUGGAAAGUUGGAAAACCCUCAGACAUAUGGUCUUGCGGCUGCAUCAUUUAUCAAAUGAUUUAUGGGCGCCCUCCAUAUGCCUCGUAUGCUGGACAGCAACGUAUUAUGGCUAUUAUGAACCCUCAAGUUCAGGUUCACUAUCCUGCGAAUGGCCUUGGUGACGUUCCAGUCCCCAAAAGUGCCAUUGAAUUGAUGAAAAAGUGUUUGGUAAGGAAUCCGCAUGAGCGUUGGACCGUUCAACAAUGUCUAGCGUCGGACUUUCUUAAACCCAAAGCUGUUAGCACAGACUUCAUCAAAGAUGUUGUUCGAUCAGCCGUCAAUUACGGAUACCAUCGCCACCAUCGCCAAAGUCAAGGGCAGGUGUCUGAAGAGGUAUACGAUAAGCUUGUUGAUAGCAUUAUACAUCAGAUCAAGGACCUAAAUUACGCCUGA